AACAGGACGGCGUUUGGUAACCGCGACUUGAACAGCCACCUAAAAUGAAUGCAACUGGCCCUGGUUAUCCAAUUGCCUCGCUGUAUGUUGGGGACCUGCACCAUGAUGUCACUGAAGCAAUGCUCUAUGAGAAGUUCUCCCCUGCCGGGCCCAUCAUGUCUAUCCGAGUGUGUCGGGAUGUGGUCACCCGUCGUUCCCUGGGUUACGCUUACAUCAACUUCCAGCAGCCUGCCGAUGCUGAGCGUGCCCUGGAUACUAUGAAUUUUGAGGUGAUUAAGGGCCGUCCUGUACGUAUCAUGUGGUCUCAGCGUGAUCCUUCCCUCCGAAAGUCAGGAGUGGGAAAUAUCUUCAUCAAAAACCUGGACGAAUCCAUUGAUAACAAGGCUUUGUACGAUACAUUCUCUGCUUUUGGAAACAUUCUAUCCUGCAAGGUUGUCAGUGACGCAAGUGGGUCAAAAGGAUAUGGUUUUGUACACUUUGAAACACGGGAGGCUGCAAACAGAGCGAUUGAGACAAUGAACGGGAUGUUACUCAAUGAUCGAAAAGUGUUUGUGGGUCACUUCAAGUCUCAUAAAGAGCGAGAGGCUGAAUUUGGAAGUAAAAUUCUGGAAUACACCAACAUCUACAUCAAGAACUUUGGAGAAGACAUGAGCACCACCAGGCUGAGGGAGAUCUUCAAUGUGUUUGGAACGACGCAGAGUGUUCGGGUCAUGACUGAUGAGAGAGGUCGUUCUAGGGGAUUUGGGUUUGUCAACUUUGAAAAGCACGAAGAUGCCCGCAAGGCAGUGGCUGAGAUGAAUGGGAAAGAGAUUAACAGCCGGGUUGUUUAUGUUGGCCGAGCUCAGAAGAAAAUGGAGCGACAGGGUGAGCUGAAACGCAAGUUUGAAUUGAUGAAGCAAGAGCGAAUCAGCCGUUAUCAGGGAGUGAAUUUGUAUGUGAAGAACCUGGACGAUGUAAUUGAUGAUGAAUGUUUGAGGAAGGAAUUCGCUCCAUAUGGAACAAUCACCAGUGCAAAGGUGAUGACAGAUGGCGGCCACAGCAAAGGCUUCGGCUUUGUCUGCUUCUCUUCGCCGGAGGAAGCUACGAAAGCUGUCACCGAGAUGAACGGGCGGAUUGUCAGCACAAAGCCCCUCUACGUGGCCUUGGCUCAACGUAAGGAGGAACGUAAAGCGCAUCUGACCAACCAGUACAUGCAGCGACUGGCGACCAUGCGGGCUAUACCCAACCCCUUGCUUGGCUCGUUUCAGCACCUGGCACACUCUGGGUACUUCAUGCCAACUGUGCCACAGGUUCAAAAUCGAGCUGCGUAUUAUGCCACGUCUCCAGUGACUUCAAUCAGACCACCUCAACGCUGGACAGGCCAGCACAUGAGGCCCCCAACUCCAUACCAGAACAUCCUACCCUCUGUGAGAGGGACAGCACCCAGAAGAGUAGCCACAGCUAUCAGCACAGUGAGACAAGCAUCCACACAGGUCCCUCAGCUCCCAACCAACACACAGAGAGUAGCCACUAUAGGAACUCAGACUGCUGGACCACGUACCGCCCUUUCAGGACCUCUGGUGCGAGUACUCCCACAGUAUAAAUACACAUCUGGAGUCUGCAACACCCAGCAUCCUCCCAGUGCACAGCAGGUUUCUGAACCAGCUGUUCAUGUUCAUGGUCAGGUUCCACUCACUGCCUCUAUGCUGGCUGCUGCAUUGCCACAAGAACAGAAACAGAUGCUGGGUGAGCGGCUGUAUCCACUAAUCCAAGACAUGCACCCGACAUUGGCUGGCAAAAUCACAGGAAUGCUGCUAGAGAUUGAUAACUCCGAACUCCUGCACAUGUUGGAAUCGCAAGAAUCCCUUCACUCCAAGGUCGAGGAAGCUGUUGCUGUGCUUCAAGCUCACCAAGCUAAAGAUACAGCGCAGAAAAAAGGGAACACAGCUGCCUAAGCAGGACGAACAUGAAUAACUACAAGGAAAUUGUUUCACGAAGAAAAGAUAUUUGGUCAUAUGAUUAAAGUUUAG